AUGGAGAGCCAAAGAAGAACUAGCCGCGACAUUGAGACAAAGCUAGAGUUCACGCGAUACGAACUAGAUGGAAGACUUGGAGAACUCUCUACCCAAAUAGAGAGAGUAGAGUCAAGAUGCUUGGACAUGGAGGAAGAUUUGAAGAAGCAAGGCGAGGCCAUUGAAGACAAUAGGAGAGCGAUACACUUUACCAAAGUUUCCACCAAGGAGAUGGACAAUCACUUAGAUGAGAAGAUCACAAGUCUUGAUAACAACCUCGAUGGCACCACCAAGAGUCUCAAUUCAAUAACAGCAGUAGCUCAUCAAGCUAAGAGGGAGGUGGCCGAAGUAACCUAA